AUGGGUCUCACAUCAGCUUACGAAUGCCCUGUGAAAGAGGGAAAGAAAGUGCUUUUUCUCGAACGGUUUAGCGAAUUUGCCAACGUUCACAGUUCGAGUGUUGGAUACAGUCGACAAUUUCGCGUCAGUUAUUCGGAGAAAAAUCUGAGCGAUCUGGCACUUAAGACCUACGUUAUGUGGGAAAACCUGAAGAAAGAAAUGAACGACGACAGUCUUGUCCAAUUAACUGGCUGUCUCUGGUUUGGUGACGCCAGUGUAGAAAGCAGUGAAGGGAACAUUGACCUAGCAAUUCAAAAUCUUAAGGCUCUAGGUGAAAUAGAGGGGAAAGAUUACAGAGUUCUGGAGGGAAAAGAGGCGAUCAUGAACAGUACAGAAUUCGCAUUCAUUUCCAGAGCUGUGGUUGAAAUCGACAAUCCCGAAGCCCUGUUUACCGUCAAAGGUGGAACUAUUAAUGUUCCUGGCCUUGUUUAUCAUUAUGUCGAAGCUUUGAAAAUACCAAAUGCCAUGUUAAUAAAUAAUGCACGAGUGACCAAGAUCGACUACUCUAACGAAGAAUAUGUCGAAGUGAAAGUAGUGGUAGACGGCAAUGAGGAGACCUACCGCGGUAACAAGAUAAUCCUGACCUCCGGAGCAUAUGUAAACGAAGUUUUCUGCACAGUUCAUCCUCCAGUCGAUUUUCGUAUUAAUCUGAUCAUCUAUCUGUGGUGCUCUACGUACUUCGCAGAAAAACACAAACCUCUUCCUUCAGGGACAGACCUAGCUACAUGGCCAAUAUGGUAUUUCUUUGGUCCCAAACCGAAGGACGACAGUACCGAAGCCUCUAAAGAUCACAACGAUUAUUAUGGUUUUCCGAGUGAACCAGAACGUCCCCAGUACCUUAGAGUUGCACCGGCAUGCACUUCACAAAAGGAAUUCGACUUCAUGCUCUUUCCCCCCGAAAUAAACAAACGGCCCCUAGAUAAAAAUGCUUUGAAAUUUACCAGCAACUUCGUAGAUAAAUUCAUGCCUGAUUUGGAUCCGUCGCUGAAGGAAAAGGAAGAAUCCACGUGUGUUGCUGGUUUUGCCCAAUUGAAUGAAAAUGUACACGAGAAAGACGAAGGUGCUGGGUUUGUAAUUGAUUUUCUACUGCCCGAAUCGAAACUUAUCGUCGUGUUCACUGGCGGCUGGGCAAUGAAGUUUGUUCCAAUGAUCGGAAAGAUACUUACUGAUCUUGCAAUUCGUGGAAAAAACCGAGUACCAAGACCCCAUCGAGCCAAUGAAUAUCAAACGAGGAGUAUUGGUAGACGAACCUGA